AUGCCGAAAGAUAAAGAGCGCACCAUGAACCCUGCCGCGGCGCAGCGGAAACUAGAUAAGCAGAAGAGCCUGAAGAAGGGCAAGGCCGAAGCGUUGGCCCGCCGGAAUGAGAAACUAGCCCGUCGCAACCCGGAGCGCAUCCAGCGCCAGAUUGAUGAGAUCAAGUCCAUAGAGGCAUCGGGACAAAAGCUGCGGCCACGUGAUCAACAGUUGCUCGAAGCCCUCGAACGAGAUCAUCGCGCGGUGCUCAAGGCUCGAGAAGCACUGGGAGAUAAGGCUCCCAAAUUUGCGAGCUUCGGGUCUAGAAGCGGCGGAGACCGCGACGGUGACGAUGGAAGCGUUUUAGGGAAGCGCAGGAGGGAUGGUGGUGGUGGUGGCGGCGCCGGGCGCUUUGGACGGCAUGAUCGGGAUAGUGAGAGUAGCGACGAGACAGAUGAGGAGGUGCGAAGGAUACCCAUGCCUCGGGAUACACCCCCGCCGAUUCCGCGCCAGUUCCAGAGAAGACCAGGCGGCGACCAGGCCCAGGGUACACGAGGACCACAUGCUCUUCCUGCAAAACCCCCCGUUGUCGAAGCUAAGGCAGUCUAUGAGGCUAAGCCGCAGAUCAGAGACCUGCGACAGGAGGCCAUCAACAAAUUCAUUCCCGCUGCCGUCAGAGCUAAGCAGGAUUCUAUACGAGGGCAGGGUAAGCUCUUGGAGCCGGAAGAGAUGGACCGGCUAGAGCAAGCAGGUUACAAGGCAGAAAUGGGCCCAGCAGGGGUAGCAAAGGCAGCAGAGGCCGUAGGUCAACCAGAAACGACAGACGACGACGCCCAAAGGCGAAUGCUUGAAGAGGAGGAAAGGAGGUUCAACCAGGAGCUUCGAUCUGUUCAAAUCGAAGAAGUUGAAGAUGAGGAGGCAUAG